AGACGGAGACGCGCAACCAGCAGAGUCUGCUUCAUGAUCUCCGCCAGAGUCUCCAUUGGAGCUAUGAUGUACAGUCUGCUUGCUUAGCAACUUUCGGGAGCAAAUGUCUGUUAUUCAGAAAUACUAUUGUCCACACUGACCAUGUCAGAGUCUGUACGGAGGAUGCUGAGGGCGAAGCUCGUGGUACUGGGAAGAGAUAACUGUGGCAAGACAGCUCUGUGCGUCAGAUUCAUCACCAGGCGUUUCAUUGGAGAGUAUGAACAUAAAAGGGAGGUCAACUACCGGUGUCAGAAAAUAGUGGACAAGGAGGCGAUUGAGCUGGAGAUUUUGGACACUGUUAAUAAGGACUGUGUAGGAGCUGCUGCGUCCUCUCUGGAGAGCUCCAUUAAAUGGGGUGAUGGGUUUCUCAUUAUGUACUCGGUGACGGACCGCAGCAGUUUUGAGGCCGUGUCGCGUCUGAAGAGACUGAUUGACCACGUUAAGCAAACGCUCGGUAUUCCAACGGUUGUCGUUGCCAAUAAAUGUGACAUGGAGAACGGCCGAGUUGUGAGGACAGAUGAGGGACAGGCUUUGGCUUCUGAUCUGAGGUGCAGUUUUUUCGAGCUGUCUGUAGCAGAGGACGCUUCGUCUGUGGAGGCUGCGUUUGGUCAGCUGGUGCGUGAAGUGCGUCAGGAGUUUCAGCGCCACCUGCUGGCUAUGGACAAGCGCUCGCGGAUGCUGCAGAUGAGGCACGCGCUUAAAAACAAACUCACUCGAAGUAAAACAAUGCAGUGGUGACCAGAAAGCCCCAACAUGUUGCCGUUUUCAUGACGUGACUACAUUUCCGAGGAGAACAAGUGCCUUUUGUGACGAAUUUUUGACAGACAGCAAAAAGGCGCCGUGUGUGGAAGCAACAAUGACUGACUUUACAGACGCCUGGACAACCAGGUAGUCCCACUUUAAAUAUACGCCACAGAAAAAGCCAGAAGCUGACAUGUCGGAGGAGAACAAUGUAACUUCACACGGUGUAGGGAGUCAGUGGCUGCUUUCCUAAUUCACAUACUUCGUUACUACAUAGUAACGGUCACAAAAGAAAAAUGUAGCCUAUACAUGUACAAUAUUCAUCAAAUGUAGGAAAAAGUAUGACCUAUAAUGUACUGUGCACGAUUUUAUAAGGCCACAUGAGAUUUGUAAAUGUCAGCAAAGAUGCAGAGAUAGGUCAUAAUAUGAUAAUGGCAAAAUGGUGAAUAUGUAGUAGGUCUGCUUGCAUUCUCAUUACACACAUAAAUACAGAAAAGUCUAAUUACUUUCUACUCACUCGUGAGAGUAUGCUAUUAUGGAAGCAGUCAACCUCUGAGCUUUAAACUGGUAUUUUAAAAUGUAAAAAAAAUAUAUAUUUUAAACACUCAACAUUAAUCUCUUUUUGCAUCCCUUUCACUGCUUUGAAGUGGAGUCCUGUGACAUUCAUUCUGUUUCUGUAAGUUUAUGUGUGAGAAGUCAUACGUGCCUAUUUAUGGGCUUCGUGUUCAUUCUGAUUAAUUGAACUUGUCUAGUAUUAUUAAGUCAAGCUUAAAAUGGCAGAUGAUGCACCAUGUGGCAGAUGAUCUGUGUCUUGUGACUUGAUAUUUUGAUGCUCUUUUGAUCCAAUUUCAUUUUGAUAUGUGCCUCUCUGGGACUCAAAUGUCAUGUGGGAGCAGAACAAAUUAUAUGGUGUUUUUGUUUUUAUUAUAGACUGCCAUUUUUAGACGUUCUCUGUCCUGGAAGAGUGUAAAGUUCACUCUGAAGUAAAUGUUUUCAAAUGGGUUAUAAGAAAGUCUAUUCCAUCGAUAUGAGUGUUCAUAUCUAUUAAUUACAUCAAUGCGAAAUUGAUCUACAGAGGAAUAACAGGCUAUUUAAUUUACAAUUUUAUUUAGCAAAAAUGGUAAAAAUAAAUAAAUACAAAUUGAUCAAAUGCUCCAGUAAUAUCCAGUGUCCUCAACAGAAAAAAUUCAUGAAGUUAUAUAUUCAAAUAACUUACACAUGGAUUUGAAUUCUAUGAGAAAAGGUAAACAGACAUCAGGCAACACACAAGAUUAAUUAUAAGAAUAAAAAAACAAACAUACAAAAUGUAUAAAAGUAAAAUGAAACAGAAACGGCAAUACACAUCCCUUUUAAAAACUAUGAAAGAAUCUAGACACUUUUAAUACAACAAAUUGAUGUAAAAUGUGUUCUCAAUUUAUAGUUAAGGACUUUAGAUUACAGACUGAUAUUUUCAGCUCGCAAUAAUCCGUCCUUGAUUUUAUUUUUGAGGGUUUCAUCAACCUGAAUGAGGUAACAGCAUGAGGUGUAAGAAUGUGACUCUUCAUAAGCAUAAUUAUGCGUACGUUGAAAACGUGAACAAAAGCCUGAGCUCUCAGUAAACACUAUAACAUCUGACAAUCAGAUUUCGCACACUUCAGGACACUAUACCCAAUUCUCGUGUGUAAGGGACAUGAAUGAGGAGACACAGUAGAUUCCCAUCUAUCUCAUCAGAGAACAUCUGUCACAGAAGCACUGUCAGUCCUACUAGCCACAUCUGGCCUUAGGAUUCUUGGCCCUAAAGACGGGAGAUGACAUUUGCAAAUGUCACAUCUGAUGAGCGUUUAUGUAAGGGCUCUUUUCCCUUUUCUUUCUUCUUUUUUUUUCAAUGCACAAGAAAACCUGACAUACCAAUAAACCACCAAACAGAACGCAGCUUUCCUGCGUGUCACUUUGGAAUUUUCACAAUUGUGACAAAAUAUGUUGUAGUAUAAUUUUUUCAUCAGACAAAACAUGUGAAUACUAGAUGGAAUAAAAUUAAAAUGAGGGGUACAUACCCAGAUCAUCAUCCUGGGAUGGAAUCAUUUAACCAAAAGUAAGUUCUUAGAAAGGUGAACAAACAAACCAGCAAUUCAUAUUGUGUUUUGACAGAAGACGCAAGCACUUCAGAAAGCACUUUCCUAACGUGUAGUGGUCGGAUUCGCUAUACUGUCCUCACUAACACAACCACACCGGAUGACAAAGUAGGUUCUGUUUCCGAAAAGGGGGGAGAAAAAAAGCACACUCUAAGACACCGACAAGUCAUAACACUACGGUGAAACAGCCUAACAUAGUCUAUAGAACUUAAGGCAACCAAUACACAGAGGCUACUGCAGGCUAGAGCUGCAUGUUCAGGAUCGAAAACACUCACGAACCUGAAACGAAGAUAUAAACACUGGAGAUAUUUCUGUCUUUUAUCAAAAGCGACGCACCCCAUGUGUGUUUGACACCGCUGUGUUUCUGGAUUAUUUCUUGUGCUUUUCUAUUUUUAUUUAAACACUAUGAAAGCAGUGUCGUCUUGGCACAUGAUACAGUGUUCAAGCUACCGCGGCUGAAUCUCUGGUGUUUGAAGUGGUCUGGCGUGUUUGUCUGUGCUUGUUCAUGUUCAGUCACACACUGGAAAGCACACAGUGGUGAGAAAGAGCUCUGAUAUGAUAGAGAAAUGCAAAAUGUGAAACAGAAAAAAGAAGCAAAGCUCCUAAGAAACAAUGGUGGAGUAGUUGCACUAGGCAUGCUGUGUUGUGCUUUUGGACAGCUUUCAGAACAGUGUUAUUAUCGCCUAGUAAAGUGACUCCAUGUGUGUUAAAACGAUACAGAACAGAAGCCCUUAAAUUGGCCCAUAAGCAUAACGUUACUGGCACACCGGUUUUAUGGGAUAUUUCUGACUGCAUGAUUCCUCGUAAGUCAUUGGACAAGGCAUGAGACCCCUGCUACAGUCUGGGUAAAAACAAAAACAUAAUCAAAUCAAUGUG